CGCAAGCGGCUGGGCUGAUCCGCGCUUGGGAAACCGCACGGACCUUCUAGGACUUCGUCGGCCAUACGUCUGCUCAGCCCAGUGGCUCCGCGCAUCUACCACCAUGGAGCUAUGGCCUCGUCUCGGGGCCACCUGUUUGCUGGGCUUCAGUUUCCUGCUCCUCGUCACCUCUUCUGAAGGACCUAAUGGGCUUGGAAAGGGUUUUGGAGAUCACAUUCAUUGGAGGACUCUAGAAGAUGGGAAGAAGGAAGCAGCUGCCAGUGGAUUGCCCCUGAUGGUGAUUAUCCAUAAGUCCUGGUGUGGAGCUUGCAAAGCUUUAAAGCCCAAAUUUGCAGAAUCUACAGAAAUUUCAGAACUUUCCCAUAAUUUUGUUAUGGUAAAUCUUGAGGAUGAAGAGGAGCCCAAAGAUGAAGAUUUCAGCCCCGAUGGGGGUUAUAUUCCACGAAUCCUGUUCCUGGAUCCCAGUGGCAAAGUGCGUCCUGAAAUCAUCAAUGAGAAUGGAAACCCCAGCUAUAAGUAUUUCUACAUCAGUGCUGAGCAAGUUGUCCAGGGGAUGAAGGAAGCUCAGGAAAGGCUGACGGGUGAUGCCUUCAGAGAGAAACAUCUGGAAGAUGAGUUGUAACAUGAAUGCAUCCCUUCUUUCCUCAAAGAUAUUGUUCUGGAAGAAAGCAGCAGGGAAGGGAAUACUGAGGAAUCAGAACAAUUGAAUGGAUUGGAAAACCUGGCUCCUUCCCACAUGGGAAAGGCCCCCUCACUGUUGGAAGAAUUCUGCUGCCAGAAACUGGUCUCCAUGUUUGUGGUCCAGCAGAGUGCGGCAGACUUCCUUGUCCUGUCCCCUCUCACCUAAAUAUCUCUUUGUCAUUGAAGGUAAAGAAUGACACCUUUUGACAUAAAACUUGAGCCAUGAGAUUUACUCCUCACACUGCAGUAUUUGAAUCUUUCCAUUUCCUCCUGCUUAACUCACCUUGGUGGUGAAAAGAGACCAGAAGCAUCUUCUCUAUAAUGUUAAAAAUUGCGGAAAGAGCUUAUUAAGACAACAAAUUCUAAAUGUAAAGCCGUAAUUCUGCCCCACCAAGGAGCUCAGCCCAUCUCUUCUUUCUCUCCUGGGAAUAAUCUUGGGCUUCUUCCGGAAUGCCUGCAACUUCCUUCCUCUUCUCUGGCUUGGCUUCCCUGUCUGCGCGCAUGCGUGUGCAGGAAUGGCUGUGUGCUCUGGACUGGCCCCAGCUGGAAGCAUGCUUUCUUUUCCCCCGUUAACUGUUGAAACCUUCUAGCCCUAGAUGGAGCCAUUUUUGUCAAGUCAACUGUAUUUUUGUACUGGGAUUAACAACAAAAAAAGAAAAAAUAUUAAUUGUUCCAUUAAACUUUAAUAAAACUUUAAAAGGAAAUGUAUUGUGAUGGCCUUUUUCUUACUGGGGAGUGGAGGGAGAGCACUUCAGGAAGAAAACUAACCUUGAGGGCCUAAUCCAAGAGCUCUAUCUAGGGCUGUUCCCACACCUGCAUCUCCCACAUGCUAAAGGACGUCAGAGCUUGUCUCUUCUACUUUUCAGAUACCCAAAUUCCCUCCAUCCUCACUGUCACUGUUUUGUAUGGGCAGGCCUUUUCUACUUCCUAUUUACUGUUACAGCCUGUGACUUGACUACUUGCCUCUGAUAUUCUCUCCUGUCAUCCAUCCUCCUUAACUUCCCCCAGAGUAAUCUUUCUAAAACACAGAUGAGACCACGUCACUCCCCUGCUUAAAGCCUUUCCUGCCUCCUUCAAGAAAAUAAUAUUAACAUUAGAAAAUAGUGCGGCCUCCCUGCAUCGGAGUCUGCAUUUGCUGCUCCGUUGGCCUGGACCACUCUUCCCUGUGCUGUCUACAGGCUUUGCGCCAUGAUUUCUCAUUAAAGCUUCACUGACUUUAUUAAUAGUCACAGCCUACCCUCCCCCAUACUCUCUUUUUCUUUACCCUGUGUAUUAUUUCAACAGUAUAAAAAGAGGGAUCUUAUAAGGUAUCACCUCCACUGGAACACUGAGAGUGACAGGGGCACUGUUCAUAACUAUGCUGAAGUUACAAGUUCAUUCUCUACCUCUUUCUUUGAGAAUGUAAGCUGCAGGAAGGCUAGUACUUCAUCAGUACUAUUUGGAGUAUAUGACAAGAUUCUUGAAAUGUCUGACACAAAGGAGAUAUUUAGUAAAUAAAUAUUUAUUAAAUGAGUAAAAAAAUGGCAACCCACUCCAGUAUUCUUGUCUGGAAAAUCCUGCAGACAGAGGAGCCUGGCGGGCUACAUGGGUCACAAAAUGACUUAGUGACUGAGCAGGCAAGCACAGAGCAUUGUUGUAACAAGCCUGCCUAAAAGGUUAACUGACUUUCUGAGAGAAUAUAGCUUAGUUUGAUUUACUGUUUUUUUUUAAUAUUAAUUAACUUGGCCGUGUCGGUCUUAGCUGUGGGAUGAGGGAUCCUCAUUGCAUCAUGAUGGAUCUUUCCUUACGGCGUUUGGGCUUUGUUGCUCUGUAGCAUGUGAGCUCUUAGUUUGCCGACCAGGGAUUGAACUCGCAACCCUUCACUGCAAGGCAGAUUCUUAACCACUGGAUGACCAGGGAAGUCCUUGAUUUACUAUGAAUUAGGGUACAGACAUUUUACUGCUUUAUAGAGUUCUAUGUUAACUUGCAGAAAACUAAUAAGCAAAUGAUUUCUUUCCCAGAGAGAAGAUAGGUCCAUUAACCAGUUUUGUAUCUGACUUAAUAACCUCAUUUCAACUUUGAAUGGUUUUUUUCAUCUUUCUGGUCCUCAUUAAUAAGCUAAAACUUUUGCAUAUGCUUAGAAUCUGUUUGAUAGAGAAGGCAAUGGCACCCCACUCCAGUACUCUUGCCUGGAAAAUCCCAUGAACAAGGGAGCCUGGUAGGCUGCAGUCCAUGGGGUGGCUAAGAGUUGGACACAACUGAGCGACUUCACUUCGACUUUUCACUUUCAUGCAUUGGAGAAGGAAAUGGCAACCCACUCCAGUGUUCUUGCCUGGAGAAUCCCAGAAACGGGGGAGCCUGGUGGGCUGCCGUCUAUGGGGUCGCACAGAGUCGGACACAACUGAAGCAACUUAGCAGCAGCAGAAUCUGUUUGAAAAUUUUUUUUAACGUUUUGCAAAUACUUGAUAAAAAAAAUAGUUAAUGCUGAAUCCUGUCUCAUAGCUGUAAGUAAUGUUCUUCCCACAG